ACCCCUAAUCACCUUUGAACCUGAACAGUAACAGAUAAGAUAAGAUCAUCUUGAGUCGCAGUUUAGUAAAAUUCUAAAAGAAAUGAAGAUCUUUCUCGUUCUCGUUUUAUUUACUUGUGUUAUAGAUGUAACGUUUGGUUAUUGUUUUGCUAAAGUAGAAGAUGGAGAUCAUUGCACACCUAAGGAUGGCGUUACAAUGUUAGCCGGAAGUGAGCUCCUCAUGCCGGAAAAGUGUGAAAAGUGUACAUGUUCCCGCCAAUCUGAUUCAUCCUCUUUGUUUUUGUCUUGCUGCGGAUAUGGUAUACAUGGAGGAGUUUAUGCACCACCACCGGGAUGUAAAGUGAUUGCCGGCGACGACGGAUGCUCAAUUAAAAUGGUUCAAGCUAUAGAUCAUUCACAACCAUGUGUACAGUAAAAGACAUGAAUAAAAUUAUUUAUAU